AUGACUGUAGUAUCAAUGAUCUUUAAUUGUGCUGUUAUUGUCAAUGUAACAUUUUCCAAAGAUCUAAACCAGCGGAUUUGUAUUCUUUUUGGCAAUCUUGCUAUAUCAGACUUCUUGGUAAGUUUAUCUGCCUUCUAUAUCGCUCUUUUGUUUAUUAUUGAGCCAUACAGCACCAUUGCUGGCUCCAGGGACAUCCUCAUCGCCUAUGUCCCAUAUACAACAUCUAUACUUUCUACCAUUUAUAAUUUAGUCUGCAUUGGGAUAGAACGAUAUAUGACAGUAUCUGGGAACACAACAUUUAAAAGCAGAGUCACAAAAACACACAUUUUGUCAGCAGUAUUAUUUAAUUGGGUAGUCGCAAUCAUUUUGGGCUCCUUACCUCUAAUGGGAUGGGACUGUUCAAUACAACGUGGCACUGUGUCUACUCUGUAUGGACCUUUUUGUAUUGACUAUUUAGCUUUCAUCACUAUUCCCAACUGUGCCAUUGGUUUUAUCCUUCUGCUGAUCUCAUACAUUGGAAUCAUUUUAAUAUUAAGGAAACAGAAAUUUUGCAUGUUGGCACAUGGGCAAUUCAAUGGUACCUUCAAAGCAGCAGAGGAACAGGUUGCCAAAACCUGCAUUUUCAUCUGGAUACUUGCUGUAGUCUCAUAUUCUCCAUUCUUUGGUGGGGUUCUCUGGGAUGUCUUCAAUACAAUUUGCCCUGAAAAUUUGCACACAGGUGUAUUUGUGUUUCGUAAUUUCAGUGCAAUGAUGAUUACACUAAAUUCCUUGGGGAAUCCCAUCAUAUACACAUUCAAAUUCAAAACCAUAUGGAAGAAAUUUGUGUUUUGUAAAUGUCAAUCAAGCAACCGCGUAUCAGUUCAGGACCUUGUAAAUGCAACUUCAACAAAACCACAGUAA